AUUCACCGCACCCACGUGAGAGGGUCCAUGCUUUCCGGAAUCCUUGGGACGUCACAACUCUGACGUUGCCCUAUUGAAGUUGACAUGUAAAAUGGUUAACGUUAGGUAAGGGUUACGGUUGUGGUAAGGUAAGGUUAGGGACGUCCCAAGGAUGCCAGAAAGAACUAACCCAAGUGAGAGGGCGGUAGUUGGGCGGAGCGUCGCAGUAACUACAAGCAGAACCAGACCCUUUUGAAAGCACAGCGGAUAGAAAUUGUGAAAAUAGCAGGCUCGCUAUCUAGAAGAAGGUGCUGUCUUUCCAACCAUAUUUCGAAUAAACGAGGGAGCCAACAGACCUGGUGAUGAACGGUGACUCAGGUGCUGGGGUGGUGACUGCCCUCCCGCCCACCACCGCCCCCCACAAGGAGCGCUACUUUGACCGUGUGGAUGAAAGCAGCCUAGAGUACCGGCGUGAGAGAAACAUGGCUCCAGACCUCAGACAGGAUUUCAACAUGAUGGAGCAGCGGAAGAGGGUCUCCAUGAUCCUGCAGAGCCCGGCGUUUUGUGAUGAGCUGGAUACGAUGAUCCAUGACCAGCUGAAGAGGGGAAAGACCCCCACCAGCCUGUUGGCCCUGCAGCAGAUAGCUGAUUUCAUGACCACCAGUAUCCCAACCAUGUACCCUGCAGCGCCACAAGGAGGCAUGGCUGCACUCAACAUGAGUCUGGGUAUGGUAACUCCAGUGAAUGACUUACGUGGAUCUGACUCUAUCUCCUAUGAGAAAGGAGAGAAACUGCUUCGUUGUAAGCUAGCUGCCUUCUACCGCCUGACAGACCUCUUUGGCUGGUCCCAGCUCAUCUACAACCACUUAACCGUCAGGGUGAAUUCAGAUCAGGAGAGGUUCAUUAUUGUCCCUUUUGGGCUUCUGUACAGUGAAGUCUCCGCCUCCAGUCUGGUGAAGAUUAAUAUGCAAGGGGAGAUUGUGGACCGGGGGAGCACCAAUCUAGGGGUCAACCAGGCUGGCUUCACUCUCCACUCAGCCAUCUAUGCAGCCCGGCCAGACGUUAAGUGCAUUGUGCACGUCCACACACCGGCAGGAGCUGCAGUGUCGGCCAUGAAGUGUGGCCUGUUACCCAUCUCUCCAGAGGCCCUGACCCUGGGGGAGGUGGCUUACCAUGACUAUCACGGCAUCAUCAUAGACAAAGAGGAGAACGUCCUCAUACAGAAGAACCUGGGGCCAACCAGCAAGGUUCUGAUCCUGAGAAACCAUGGUCUGGUGUCUGUUGGGGAGACUGUGGAGGAAGCCUUCUACUAUAUCCACAACCUGGUCACUGCAUGUGAGAUCCAGGUGCGCACCCUAGCCAGUGCUGGAGGACCUGGUAACCUGGUGAUGCUGGACCCUGCUAAGUACAAAUCCCGGCCACGGUGCUCUGAGCAUGUCGAGGGCUCCAAACACCCGAAAUGGCUGGUCGGGGAGCAGGAGUUUGAGGCUUACAUGAGGAUGCUGGAUAACCUGGGUUACAGGACAGGCUACCCCUACAGGUGCCCUGCCCUGCGAGACAAAGCUAAAAAGUUCAGCAGCGACAUAGAGAUCGCUCCCUUGGCCACGGGCUAUUCCUAUGCCGAGGACAGUGACUCGGGCGCUCGCUCCCCUCUCAAGCACAGCUUUCAGAGGCAGCAGCGUGACAAGACCCGCUGGCCCAACUCGGGCCGGCCGGAAGAGGCCUACGAGGAAGGGCCCGACAGUGGCAGCCCCAAGUCGAAGACUAAGGUGUGGACGAACAUUACACACGAUCACGUCAAACCCUUGCUGCAGUCUCUCUCGUCCGGUGUCUGCGUGCCAAGCUGUAUUACCAACUGCUUGUGGACGAAUGAGGAAGGGAUGCGACAGGCUGCAGUAGCCAAUCAGUUUGUCCCGCUCAACACAAACCCCAAGGAGGUGCUGGAGAUGAGGAACAAGAUCCGAGAGCAGAACCUUAAGGACAUCAAGACUGCAGGGCCUGAGUCCCAGGUGCUGUGUGCUGGAAGCAUUGUGGACCGCUCCUUUGUCCAGGACGCCCCUCUGUCUGACUGUACGGACACUAUUGCCAGCCUCGAUCUGUCAGAGGCCAAUAGUCCUGCUAAGUCUUUUAGAAAGGGUGAGCUGGUGACAGCGUCUAAGGCCAUCAUAGAGAAGGAGUACCAGCCCAGAGUCAUCAUCAACCAGAAAGGCCCCAACCCCUUCAACAAGCAGUUCGACCAGGAGCUGGAGGAAUACCGCAAGGAGGUGGAACUCAAACAGAAAGGACCCGAUGUACAGGGUGAAGGGUCCUCCACAGCCAGGACACAGCUCCCUUCACCUGGGCCUGGGGAGGGAGGCCUGUCCCCCUCUACCUCCCCACAGAAGCCUGCACUGAAGCCAAAGCCCCGCUGUGUCCCAGAGAAGGGACUGGAUGUUUCAGAGACCCCCCCCACAGCCUCCACGGCCACCCCUACCACCACCACCUCUUUCCCCAGCGGGGACACCCUGACACAGCCGGGGGAUGGUCAGGAGAGCCCUGGGACGUCCACAGGGUCGGGGCCCAGGGCCUACGGGGGAGAUUCCCGCCCAGAGUCUCCUCACAAGGAUUUUCACUGUGCCGUGCUGAAGGCCCUCAGAACCACCAACACAGAACUGGCUGCCCUCACCCUCCUUGAGGCUCCAGAUGCGUUACCGGAGCCUGAGGAAGAGGUGAAGGGUCAGAGUCAGACCUGCACGCCCCCCAGCACCCCUGUCAGAGCAGAGGAAGAGCCCCAGCCGGAGCACACCUAUAAGUAUGAGAGUGACCAGGCUCCACUGAGACAGACCCUCCCUGACCUGACCCAAGACGACGAACCCUCCGCCACCCCUGCCCCCACCCUCCCCGCCAAAGACCCCACUCCUGUCCCUCCCGCCACCACUGAGGGAGAGGGGCCUGCUGACGCUUCCGCCGCUGGCAAUCAAGACUGUGAACAGGACGGUGACGAAUAUCUCAGCAAAUCAUCUUCCAAGAAGAAGAAGACGUUCCGCACUCCCUCCUUCCUCAAGAAAAACAAAAAGAAGAUGGAAGAAAAGGAACAAAAAGCAAAGGAACCCUAGAUGAGACCUCCGCCUGCACACCCCUCUCACGCUUUGUAACCCUUUGCUUCCCCUUGAGCGAGCCACAACCCACAUAUUUCGAUGUUGAUGCUUUUUAUAAUUUGUUUGUCUGGCAUUACAACUUUGUGGGCACCUCCUAGUGUGUGCUAAUUUUCUAUAAAAAAAAGGGUCAAAAUCACUUAUGAAGUUUUAAUAAGUCGCUUUCAUUGGUGAAUGACUGUGCAUUAAGUCUGGUUCAGUGUGGCUUGUUACGCAUGCUGUCUAUUUAGGCCCACUACUUGGAGUGAGCAGUGCAUUUUUAUUUUCAAAUUAUUAUUAUUUUUUAAUAGUUACUGAAAUUCGAUUAACCACUACAAUGUUUUGGGAUUGUAUCAAAGUGUGUGUGUGUCGUUCCCCCCCCCCCCCCCCCCCCCCUCCCUUUUACUCCGUCAUUUAACUGGUGGUAACCGAUUCAAAAUGUAUAACUACAAAUGAACUGCAUGGUGCUAAUUUCAGAUUUCUAACAUUAGCGUAAAGUCUGUUCACUCAAACAUGGGGUCCAAGUUAGGUUUUUCUUGGCCUAUGGCCCGUGAGAACUCAAAUCAUGUCAAGAAUAGCAUAACAACUCUUAAUCUGAAUUUGACAUUCUGUCACUCCCGUACCUCUUCCAUCAACCAGGGUUUAGUGGCACCUGGUGAGAGGGAGGACUGCUGCUCCAAUCACAAAGACAUAAACAAACGGGACCUAAGAGGACAGAUACAGUACUAGACAGAGAAUACAAAUGUAUUUUAUAUAGUUAAUGAUAUAGCUGUAGUCAAUUUAUUUUGUUAUUAAAAAAAAAAAUCUUAAUUUAGACAUUUUCACUUGAUGUGAGAGCAUUGUGAACUGAAGCACCACAGCCUGGACUGCUGUUUUAUAACCGUUGCUUUUAGAGGAAACAGUAGGUCAGCCUGGAUCCAAACUGAAAGUCAAAAAGAACAAUUCAGUCUGGAUUCAGGCUACCGAUAAGUAUAUAGGGAAUGUUGGAAUACAGUUCUUUUGAAGCCACAUCGCACCAUUUUAACACUGUAUGCAUGAUCAGUGACCACACUGCAAUGGACUACUCUGUGAACCCCCUCUGAAAUGAAAUAACUGUCUCAAGAAAACAUCUCGCUUUCAAGUUGCAUUCAAGAUACUGGAGUUCAUGUAAUCUAUCUGUUGGUGUGAUCUUACAGCCUGGUCCCAGAUCUAUUUGUGCUGUCACACCAAACAAUGGCAAUAGGAAUGGACGAAAUGACACAUCUGGGACAAGGCUAGCGAUCUUACACCUUGGCUUUUUAAAAAAAGUUGUCAGGCAGAGGGGCAUUGAUACCGGACCACUGUCAUGAAUGAAUCCCACUUGCCUGUGAAGCUUGGUUUUAGACCACUAUCAAAACCUAGCCUGGUCCCAGUUCUGUUAGUGCUGUCUUUACCAAUGAUAUAAAGGACCAUAGAAGUUGGCAAGAUGGCACAAAUGGAUCUAUGACCAGGCUACUAUUAACCUGGUAUAUUACAUGAUUGAUGCAAGCUGAGGACAUUAGCCUGUUCCCUGAAGAACCGCAUGGCAUUAAACUAAGGCCUUGUAUUGUUUGUUGUCUCUACAUUAUGACUAACUCCCUUUUACUUAUUGUUAGUAUUGUUAUUAGCACAAUGAUAGCAAAGUCCUUAGUCAUUUCUUAAUUUGAAGUCACUUAGAAUUGUUUUAAACUUGCAGCUAAGCUGUUCCCCCAUUACACAAAUGUGUAAUUAUACCAUUUAUAGACUACCAUCUCUUUUUCACUGUACUGUUUAUUUUUGUUCAAUCAUUAAUAAAAAUCCUUCCUUCAAACAA